AAUAUAGAAUCAGCUGAUUCCUCAUUUAAUCAUUUUUUUUCUUUGUUUUGUAAACAAUUUAUUCUCGGUAUACACCGUAUAUACCCAAUUUUAUUAAGCACUUUUUACCCACUAAAAUAGAGCACCAACCAUGAAUAUUAUGUUGCGAUUUCACGUCUUACGCCAAUCAAAGAGUGUGAUAGAAAGGACUAGAAGUAAUGCGCUGUAUUCUUCAAUUUCCAAUGAACAGCAUAAAGGAGCUUACUACUUUCGUAAAUAUGCGAUCCGUUUAGCUUAUACAUCACUUGGCGUCGGCGUCACAUACGAUGCGUUUAACGCAUUUCAAACAAUUAGUAGUAUCAAUCGCUUCGUGAGGUCUCUAAAUAUCGCAGUAAGAAAUUCGUUUGACUAUUCGUACAAUCUGUACGGGCUGUCAGAAGAGUCUCCGGGCUACGAUGAGAUUAUCAAAGUCAUCCACUUAAGAUGCGCAAAUCGAAUAUUGGAAGGUUGUAUGAAAAAUGGUGGACUUUAUAUCAAAAUUGGACAAGGUGUAUCGGCAAUCAAUCACAUAUUACCAAAGGAAUACACCAAUACAUUGAAGAAGUUAGAGAAUCAGUGCCUUGAACGCAAGCCAGAUGAAGUGAAACAACUGUUUAUGGCUGACUUUGGUCAACUACCCGAGGAAGUGUUCUCCGAGUUUGAUUACAAACCUAUAGCUGCUGCUAGUCUUGCCCAAGUUUUCAAAGCAAAAACAAAAGACGGACAAGAUGUUGCAGUGAAAGUUCAGUACAUCGAUUUAAAGAAACGUUUUUCUGGUGACUGCGGUACAAUUAUGUUUCUACUCACUUUGGCGAAGAAAGUGCACAAAAAUUUUGAUUUUACUUGGACACUGAAGGAGCUUCGGACUGAUCUAGAGCAAGAGCUCGAUUUUAUAAAUGAAGGAAAAAAUGCCGAACGAUGUUCUAGAGACCUGCAACACUUGGAUUACCUUUAUGUACCGAAAGUUUUAUGGGAAUACACCAAUUCGCGAAUUCUGACAGCCGAAUGGAUUGACGGCUACAAAAUAACGGACAUUGAGUCCAUACGUAGUGACAGAUUUCCGAUUAAAGAAGUCGACAAAAAACUGUUCAACAUUUUCGCGGAACAAAUUUUUAACUCUGGCUUUGUGCACGCGGACCCCCACCCAGGAAAUGUAUUUUUGCGCAAAAAUAAAAAGGGAAAACUGCAAAUUGUACUGCUGGAUCAUGGAUUGUAUGAACAUAUGCCACAGAAACUUCGUCGGUCCUUGUGUCAAUUUUGGGAAGCAAUCGUAUUGAAGGAUAGAGUUAAGAUGCAAAAGUAUGCCAAUGAACUUAAUGUGCAAGAUUAUGAAAAAUUGGCUGAAAUUCUAUUGCAACGUCCAGUAGAAUUCAAUACCAGACAAGUUUCAACUGCAUUGACUGACAAAGAACUUGCUUAUCUACAAGAAAUGGCUAAGAAGCAAUUCGACAUAGUUCUGAAAACGUUGAGACAAAUGCCGAAAAAUAUGCUAUUCGUGGUGAGGAACCUAAACACCGUACGUGCAAUAGCUCGAAAUCAUGGUGAUCCGCUGGACCGGCCGAAACAUAUGGCUCGAUACGCUCAAUAUUGCUUGUACAAACACGACAGAGGAUUAUUUUCAUACUUCAAAUGGAUCUUACGGCGAUUUCAAUUCGAAUUUCAUUUGUUUCGAAGCAGCAUGCAAUUUUGGUUCAUCGAAUGUUACUUGAAGCUGUUCAAUCGCGAUAAGUCGAACGAAAUUCUUAAUAUGAUGAAUGCUGGACUGGAUGAUGCGUAAAAUAAAGGAACAGCACGGGUGUUUUUUUGUCAACGAAAC